AUGGGCACCCGACAAUACGGCGAUGAUGCGAGCGACCAGAAGCGCCAGGCACAGACCAACAAAUGCCGUGCAUCUACCAGUGCCACCAUUGGAAUUAGACUUGUCGGAAUGCAGCUGUACAGGGAAGAAUCGGGCAGCUAUUUCUACGUUAACAAAUAUCUUGGCCGACAGAUGAACUGUGAUAUGUUUCGAGAGACUCUGGCCGAGUAUUUCAUGAAAGCGGGCAAAGUACGAAGCAAAGCACUACUCAAAAAACUUGUCACACUAAGGAAGUUGCAAAAUGAAGAUAACGAGGAGAGAUGCUGUUGUGAAGAGCGGACUAGCACUGUUAGAUGGAUCUUUUUUGAUGUGCUGCAGCUGUUCCUGGGCUUGGCUGUACUGUUCACCUUUGGGCUUGAGUUGUCGAGCUUUGACCAAGGUUGA